AUGUCAACUUGGAUAAACUCGACGACUUCUUGUGCUUCAAUCUUUACUCUGGUUGCCGUUACAGCAGAUCGUUACUUAGCAAUCUGUCACACGAUGAAAUAUGCUGUAUGGGAUUCUCGAUGGACACUUUAUGUGAUUGCAGGAAUAUGGAUGCUCAGUGGAAUUCUUGCAGCACCAACUUUAGCCAUCUAUGACGAGAUAUUAUUUACAUUAGAUCCACCAAAUGGUACCAUGGUGGCACGCUUAUGCAUUGCAACACAAGAUGAAACAAUAAACUUUAUUAUUGUUAAUUUACUACUUGCAUUUACUAUUCCAUUCAUCCUGAUAUCAGCGCUUUAUACACGUAUCUUCAUCACUGUAUCAAAUCAUCGUAGUUUGGCUGUGAACGCUAAGAUUCGUGAUGAACGCGUUAAGUUACGAGUGGCUCAAAUGAUGUUUACAGUUAUUAUUGUUUUUGCACUAUGCUGGCUACCAUUACAUGGAAUAUACUCCUAUUUUUUCCUUACAAAGGACUACAAUACAUCAACAUUUCAAUUUGCAUCCCAGGUACUACGUCCAAUUUUCCAGUGGUUAUCACUACUAUCAUCAUCAUUAAAUCCCCUUAUCUACAUUGUAUACAGUCAGAAGUAUCGACGAGCAUUUCGUCAAUUUCUCGUUCUACCAUGCCGCCGUGAACGAUAUGAACAAACACGGAGCAAAACGCAAAAUAUUCAACAGUUAUGGCUUAAAUCACAUUCACCUGAGGAGGCGUUAUAUUGUGGACAGUUUAACGGACGCACUAAAUCUGCACGUGAUAUCAUCACUCUACCAUCAAUUACCAUCCUUUCAACACUUGACAUGCCAUUCUCUCAUUCACAACCAACUCGUAAUUAUACCACCACUUCUUUUUAA